AUGGCGCUCCACCCAACCACAAUAUACUUCAAUAUCCCCGUCCAAGUCGGUCCCACAGGAUCCUGGCGCAAUUUGGAUACCCACUCGGACGACAUGAUCCUCGCGGUCGCCUUCCCGUUUAUCACUGUUAGUGCAUUGAGCAUUUACGGCGUCAUGCAAGUUCCACCACUCGCUACCUCAAGUUUUCCCAUUGCGCUUUUGUCCACUGUCGUGCCAUUGGGAGCUGCUACCCCACUCUCUAUUGUUCUUUUUGUGCUAGGUGCUUUCUUUGGGGCAGGAAGCUGGUUCAUCUGGGCGGACGUAUUAUGUAGACUCAGCCUAGUGGAUCUUGUUCAAUUGCCAGUGAAAAAACGUGGCUUUUCUGUCUCCCACAACUUCUUUCUGCGACUCCUCAUGGCAACGGCCCUACAAGCCGGAGCAGAGGAAACUACCACGGUAGAUCAACUCUCACAGCUCAAUAACCUCCAUCAAUUGAAUAUCGGCGCGGACAGGUGGCAGCUUAAGAUGAGAGCCCGAAAAAGGCAGUUGCCAACCUAUGUUUCGUACAUCCCCGUUGCCUUUGUUCUUCAACGGGGUUAA